AUGGUUUUUAAUGUACUGUAUGUUUUUCGUGGAAUAGUAAUACAUUAUGUAGUCCAAAAGCCAGAAACGUUGCCACUACUUCAAAAAUAUAGAAAGCCUCCAACCCGUGAUUCUGCCUGUGGGGUUCCAGUCCAGGUGAGAGUAUCUGAGCUUGCCGUUAAAAUACCUGCACUGUGCCACGCACACCGCAUCUGUUUUUACUGUUGUCAAGGAAGUCUGUUUGAAAUUACAAGAAUGCUCGCGAACCCAGCAAUGGAAAUUCAAACGGAGGAGACUCCGUUGGCUCUGCGCCGUUUAUGGAACUUGACCCGCGCCCGUCUCGCAGGCACCUCUACCACGCUUGAUGAGCCUGCUCUCGUUGAGACCUUGCCUUCAGCACAGAAAAACCAAGUCGAGCUGGAACAAUCAAUAUUGGAAGAUGGUACAAUCGAGAAAAAGGUGAAAAUAAGCACGCUUUGCAAAGUAGAAUGGUAUGAAAACGAUGGUGCUACUAAAUUAGUACCUGUUACUGGAGUAGCUCUAUUAAAGAAAGGUCGUGGUAAUGCUAAAGUCUUGAGAGUCAUUAAUGUUGCUAUUGGAAUCAAACAGCUGAAGAAAGGUUACGAAUUAAAACCUGGCAUUGUGUCUUCAUCCAGAAGGAUUAAAGUCAAUGGUUCUGAUAUUAAUGAUAUUCCAUGCCAGUACUCCGUAGUUGGACUGGAAAGAUACGAACUCCCUGUUAUAGGAACAUACGUUGAUCCACGCAUUAUUCCCGGAUUUUCUUACCGUGUGCGUCCAGCGAACAGUCGUCGCCAUCUCUUUGAAGGUCGCGCCUUGAUGCUGCAAUCAAUCGGCAUGGGCUACGGAAAACGCAUAACCUUUAAGCCGGAUACCCUUAAUGCACCUGAGAACUACUUUUGGUCUGAUUCUCACCCUGAAGGUUUUGGCAUGGAGCCUCGCGCUGUCCACCCUGGCAUGAAGUUCUUUAUCACCGGAAAUGGAGGACUGCUUGGGGAAGCAAGCGUGUUUCGAGCAGAUUUACCACAGAUCGAAGAAAAGACAGAAUACGUGGAUGUACCAGGGCAGCGUGGCAAGGCCGUGGAGAAAUAUAUUCAAGUCGACGUAACAUGUCAUGUGAAACUGGCCACAACGGGAGGAGGUUCAGUUGAUUUCGAAGUACAUCUCAUGAAAGUAUCAGGAACAGCACUGGUGCGCAAGGAGCCAGGACAAUCUGCUGCCAAGUUGAUUAAGGUCUUCAACGUGGGAUUGGACUCUCAGUUAAACCUUCUAUUCGCUCACUCACAAACCGAGCUCACCUUCCAUCCCCUACCUUAA